CGGCUUUCCACUCGGGAGCCUCUUCGUUUGACUGUCAAACCAAAGCCGCGUCCUCCUCCUCUUCCUCUUCUUCCUCCUCCGCAUCGCUCAUCCAGUCGCUGCCACAGAGGAGCGCGCGCGCACACACACACACACGCACGCACAGCCUCCUCCUCCUCCUCCUCUUCCUCCUGCUGCACCGAUCAGGACUCCUCCGAACUCCUUCCAGCUCGCCCGCCCGCCCGCCGUUGUCGCCUUCGAAGCCCCGUCUGCGUCCUCCAUCAGCCGCCGCGCGCAGAAAUCGACCCGCGCUCCUCUCCGUGUGAGCAGCAGCAGCAUCAUGGAGGAGUUAGACGUUCCACAGAUGAGGAGAGAAGUGGAAAGCCUUCAGUAUCAGCUGGCAAUCAACAGAGAGAAAUCCUCCAUCACUGUUACCGAGCUGGUGAAGUGGAUCGAGGGUUGUGUUUGUGAAGAUCCAUUUCUGAACCCUGAGCUGAUGAGAGCGAACCCCUGGGUGGAGAAGGGCAAGUGUGUGAUCCUCUAAUGGGGUCGCACACACAUGUAUACACGUGCGCACACACACACACACACAUAUAAACUAAAGACCCAUGCACCCCCACGCUGCACUAGCCCCCCUCCCUCUCUCACACAUGCACAUAUUAUUGCUAUCAUGAUGUUUAUUUAUUGGGAGACUCCUGAAUGCUUCUAAUUGGUGUAUAGACUUGUGUGUGUGUGUGUGUGUGUGAGCGUGCAGCACUGAGUAGCUUUCUAGAGGUUUGUUUUCAUGGACUGCUGAGAAAUGUUCCAACAACACGUUUUUAUUGGCUCUUUACACUGUCGAUCAAAAUAAAGACGGUUUUGAAUUUAAA